GAAUUCUCCCUAGUAGCGCUCCCGAUUCCAAUGUCAUAUUCACAACAAUCCUUUAGACCCGUUAUUCUCCGGGAACAUAGAGAGUCUUAUAAUUUGCGAAUGAUCUCAUUUGUUUCAAAUUACGAGUGACAAUCCGUGAAAAUGUUCCAACAAGAGGUGACACCGUACGAUCUGGCUUAUCGCGGCAAUAUCGCAGCCGUGAAGAUCCUUCUGAACGAGAACGAGAGGCUGAAGACACAAACGGACAAUAACGGCCGAAUGCUGAUACACUGGGCGGCGCUGGGUGGUCACGAUGAUCUGGUUCGACAUUUACUUUCUCUCGACGGUGGCAUCGUACCGGUCGAUCCCACGGAUGACACAGACAUGACUCCGCUGAUCCUGGCGGCGUCCGCCGGUCGCGAGAAGGUCGUCAACACGCUGCUGAACGAGGGAGCGAGAGUGAACGCGACGACGGUCGACGGCCACUCGGCCCUACAGUACGCCGCGUCGAAGAAUUGGAAGUCCAUCUGCGUCGCGUUGCUCGAGAAGGACGCCGACGUGAACAUCGCGGACAAACGGGGCGCCACGCCUCUGCACAGGUCCGCCUCGAAAGGCAACACGGCCAUCGUGAAGCUCCUCAUAGAGUACGGGAAGAAUUUGAAUAUAGAUCCGAGGGACACGUACGGUAAUACACCGUUGCAUCUCGCUUGCGAGGAGAACCGCGUGGAAGAGGCGAAGCUGCUGGUGGCGAACGGCGCGGACCCGACGACAACCAACAAAGAGCGCAAGACUCCGUUGGAUCUCGCGAGUCCCGGUCUGGUCCGACAGCUCGGGGAAAUCAAGCGAGAGACUACGUCGAAGUAAAAAAAAAAAAAGAAGUGCGCUCACCGUUACUCGGUGUGUCGUUUUCUUUCCUUUUCAUUCUCUCCGUGCAAAAGUGGCGCUCUUUUUUUAAGUUUUUCGUUAAAUAAGCCCCCAAUAAAUUCAUCAUGAUUAA